AGCUGCAUAUUUCAUGUUAAUUGCUGUUGUCGUCAUAAAAUAGCAACAUUAAAUAAUACAGCUCUAGACAGUUCAGCCAUCUAGGAUGUAUUGAAUGUACAGUGUGUUCCAUAGUUGGGACAUUAGUUUCUGAUUUAUCUUAGGGUAGCACAAUCAUUGUCAAAAUUGUUAACGGAUUGAAGCAAAGGCCAUGCAAUUGUUUGUUCUAUGCUGGUAUCUGCUGAUUUUGAACAUUUCAGGCAGUCUUUAAAUCAGAUGCUUCCUCCCACCUCACUUCUGAAGAUCUUCCAAACGGAACUCUUAUCUGAAUUCCUGGAUUUUACUCCCAAGUAACUGUAUGCAGAAUUAAAGAUACCUUUAUUGCUCCAAACAAGUGCUGGUGAUUUUAAGCAUUAUGAAUAAAGCAUUGCCUAUCUGAAGGUGGGUCCCAGGAGACCAAACUACCCUCUCAACGCAAAAGUUAAUGGUUACUUGAAACAUUCAUUUCCCUUCACCUUCCCUAGAUAUGACUUGAAAAACAAAAACAAACAACCACUAGGAUAUGGUGAGUUUGCCUAUGGCAAUGUUAACAGUAAAGGGAGUGGAAAAUGCAUGAAAUACAAAGGAAGUCUUCACACUUUGGAAAUAAAAAUGACAAAGCCCGUUCAACUGGUUUCUGAUAACUGAGCUGCAACAGGACACACCCAGAGUUCUGUGCUUGCAAGCAGGAAGCUGUGACUAAUUUGCAUGGCAUGGCUUUGCUUCUUGCAAGAGUUUUCUGCUGUAAAUCAAUGAGGAAAUGUUGCUACUUCACCAGAGGCAGCCCAGUAUUCCAACCAUUUAACCUGAAUAAAAAGCAAUUACCUUGAGGGCAUUUUGUAUGAAAACUCUACCCUUGACAAGAAUAUGGGCCAAAAAGUAUCACAGGAAACAAACCAAGAGAAUAAGGCUGAUGUCUUGGUUAUAUGUGAUGUUUUUAGCCAAGGAGUGGUCUAUGCGUCUCAGAAGUUGAAAGAAUAUCUUGGAUUUGAAGAUCCACAAAGCAAAUUCCACCCAGCCACGGGCACCCUAAAUGAAAUUUUUCUGGUCAACUUCAUCACUUUCUGUGUUGAGAAAGGAGUAGAAGAGCGUAUCACAACCAGCAAGAUGACCAAGCAACAGUCCUUGCUCUUUGGAGUCGACUGGAUCUGGACUUUAGUGGGAGCUGACAGAGAAGUCAAGCUUCAGAUUGCUGUGCAGUCUGUACAGAUGGCCAAUCUCCCCAAUGGAGUUCAACCUUCUGAAGUAACGGGCAGCAACAGGGAGGCACUGUUGACAGAUGAGUUUUUCUGCAACAAGAGCAGAUUUGAAAAGCUGGAAGAAUUCUGCAUGCUGGUGGGGCAUGACUGCCUUGGCCUCUUCAUAAUGUUUGGGGUUCCAGGAAAGCCCAAAGAUAUUAGAGGAGUACUUCUAAAUAGCAUCAAAAAGGAGAAACUGGAAAAAACCUUGUCUGGUGAGAAUGCUCUAAGACAAUUUGUUUUGAAUACUGAUAGUUUUCUUCCUACAAGGGAGAUGCUUGAACAUUGCCUUUGUAAGAAAAAUGGGCUGAGGGAUAUAGGUAAGGUUUAUAUUAAUUUCCUUUAAUCUCCCAAUUGCAAACUCUGAAGAGUCCAGUGGUAAAUAUUCCUUGUAACCAUUGGCCCACAACUCAUCAGUUCCUUGUAUACUGCCAAAACUCAGUCCAACUUUUUUUGCCAGGAUGGUUUCCAGGAUUUGAAGACCGGUAGACCUCUCUACUCUUAAUUCAGCAAAAUAAGUUUUCCAGAUGAUAUGUUUCCAUAAAAGGCAUGUUUUAAAAGCAUUCUGUUUAUGUACCUGUUAACAACUACAUAAAAAUAUUGAGGAAUUCACUCUACCUUGAGGAAAUGAUUUUUAGAAUGUAAGAAGUCUGUCAUACAAUAGAAAAUAUAAUUAUGGUUAUGAGUGAACUGUGCCACAGGGCUUACAAUGAACUGUAAAAUCUGAAUUAUUAAAUUUAAAUUUA